UCCUACGAGCAUCUCCCACAGCAAUCAUGUUUCGCACAGCAGUUCGUCGCUUCGCUGCCACGGCUCUGCGUCCGGCCGAGACGGUCGCCCAGAUGGAGGCUCCUCAACUCCACGGCAUCGAGAUCUCAAAGGUCCAGCGCAUCGCCCAGGAUGGCUUUAUUGAUGCCAUCGGAAAGACGCCACUUAUUCGCAUGAAGAAGUUGUCAGAAGAGACGGGAUGCAAUGUUCUGGGCAAGGCCGAGUUCCAGAACCCCGGUGGUAGUGUCAAGGACCGCGCUGCUCUCUAUGUCGUCAAGGAUGCCGAAGAGCGUGGCUUGAUCAAGCCUGGCGGCACUGUCGUCGAGGGCACUGCUGGAAACACUGGUAUCGGUCUCGCCCACGUCUGUCGCAGCAAGGGCUACAAGCUCGUCAUCUACAUGCCCAACACUCAAUCACAAGGCAAGAUCGACUUGCUGCGUCUGCUCGGCGCGGAGGUCUACCCCGUCCCUGCCGUCGCCUUCGAGAAUCCCGACAACUACAACUGGCAGGCCAAGCGCCACGCUGAGCGUCUUGACAACGCUGUCUGGACCAACCAGUUUGACAACACCGCUAAUCGUCGUGCACACAUUGAGACCACUGGUCCCGAGAUCUGGAACCAAACCGCUGGAAAGAUUGACGCCUUCACCUGUGCCUCUGGUACUGCUGGAACCAUCGCGGGUAUUACCCGCUACCUGAAGACCGUCAGCGACGGUCGCGUCAAGUGCUUCCUCGCCGACCCUCCCGGCAGUGUUCUGCACAGCUACAUCCAGUCUGGUGGUGAACUCACAGAGCGCAAGGGAAGCUCCAUCACCGAAGGUAUUGGUCAAGGCCGUGUGACCGACAACCUCAAGCCCGACAUCGACCUUCUGGACGGCUCUCUCCAUAUCCCCGACGAGCAAAGUAUCGAGAUGGUCUACCGCUGUCUCGAUGAGGAGGGUCUCUACCUUGGCGCAUCAUCUGCUCUCAAUGUUGCAGCCGCAAGAAACGUCGCACAAAAGCUGGGCCCCGGACACACUGUCGUGACCAUUCUUUGCGAUGGCGCAUAUCGUUACGCCGACCGUCUGUUCUCCAGAAAGUGGCUUGAGAGCAAGAAGCUCGUCGACGCCAUUCCUGAAAAGUUGCACAAGUACAUUGUGCUACCGUAGGUGGACUGACUUGACCAGGACUUCGUGUCAUGAUAUCUAAAAAUUGUACAUACAUGGUAUUCUCACACCAUCCCUUCACCUUGCCUUUGUAAGCGUGCAGCAUAUCCCACCGGUCAGAUGCGACUAUAGCAAAUUGUUGUCACGGCAGCUGUCGUGCGACAUGUCACAUCGUAAGGACUGUCAUCAGCAGAUCAUACAGUGUAAGUCGGUGCAUUUUACAUUUCGUCAUUAUUGAUAAUCCAUUCUCCCGAGUCCAUCCUUGCCCA